AAUUCAGUUUUGCGGGAAAAUUUAAUUGCAGAUUCGAGAUGAGCACAGAACCUUGUGUCUACUUCAACUCUCCGUCGGGAUGCUGGUAUGGGGAUCAUUGCAGAUACUCCCACAUCAAAGGUGUGGCUCCGAGAUGUCGCUUCUACAGUGGACCAGGUACUUGUAGAAAUGGAAAUCAGUGCUACUUCAAACAUGUUGAACCUGAUUGUGCAAAAAAGAUUGUUAAUGCUGUGGUGAAAUCAGAAGUUGACAAAGACUUAGAGGAUGCUCUUCAGACUUUAUCAUUGAACUCUGGUGACCUUAAGUCGGGGAAAAUCCAGAAAAAAGUGGAAAAGGCAGACACCAGAGGAAACUCUUCUCCUGGAGGUGACACCAGGCAGGUCAUCUGUAAAGAGAAGUACUUGUCUGUAAAGAUUGAUAUUCCUGGUCUUAAACAAGAGGAGAAUGAAGAAUUUUGUGAUAAUACCCCAGUCACUUCCUUUGAAUCGGGAGGAAAUUCUGAUGAACCAAAGACCAAGGGGGAGAAUAAAAAGACCGAUGAAAGUGGCCUCAUUAAAUGUGGAGAAUGUGGAAAACUUAUUCACAUGAAAGUUUUGCCAAAGAUUCCAAAAGAUAUCCAAAGUACUGCCAGUGACAAGGAAAAUGAUACGUGUUGUGAUGAAGAGGAUGAAGAUAAUGUGUUGGAUGUCAGCGGUGGAAGUGACUUCACACACGAAUAUGAUGAACUGGAGCAGCAUUACAGAGACAUGCUUCUCAGCAUGAACAAAGAGCACCUAAAUUUCCUUCAACAAGACCCUCGCUUCCAUCAGGAGACAUUUUGUGGUGUUUGUGGUCGAGUAUUCGGAAAGGCACGUCACCUUCUUCAGCACAUCAUGGAUAAGGUCAAGUCAGAAAAUGAUGAGGAAGAUCACAAAGAACUUCUACAUGAGCUGGUCUUGGCUUUUGCAACCCGUGACAUAGGCCUAGAUGAUGACAAGGAGUGUAUGGAGACACUGCUGCUCCACCUGGUGGCCUCCUACACAGGGGGCAGCGACUCCUCCAGUGACUCAAACCAUGGAGGACUGGAUCGCUUUCUCAGGAUGCUGGCGUUUAGAAAGCACUUUUGUGACUCAGAUGAUUCAGACUACAUCAGUAAUCCCUGGGGGUAUGAUGAAGAUGAUAUGUUUGAGUUGGCUUGUCAAGGGAUUAAGCCAUGGGAUCCUGAAGCAGGAAUGGCUCUAGCUGUUCUAAAUGGGGAUAUUGACUUUUGAAAAAAAAAAAUGAAUGGAC